CCACGAUUGUGACCAAUGAGGAAUGAGGAUUGGGACUCCUAAAAAGUAAAAAGUUCCAUUUUCUAUUUGUACUAGAUGCGGACCACUAACUAUAACCAAUUAACCAGUACCUGUACCUCUGCUCCUGCUCUGCGCUGCGCCGCCGCCGGCAUGUCGCAAUGUCGCAUGCCCGCCAAUCGCCAAAUGAAUAUUUACCACAUAACCUCUACUAUUCUUCGAUUAAACAUUCCUCUAAUAGUUUAUUGCCUUUUACCAAACAAUAUUGAUAUCGAGAUUGAUAUAUUGAUAAUUAUUAUUACUAUACUUUUUGUUACAAAGUGUCCAAAGUGUCGGUCGACGGUCGUAGUCUCUGGUGUGUGGUGUGCUUGUUGUAGGUAGGGUAGGUGCCAAUGGGUGCCUCUACCUAGUACCUAGGUACUUCUACCUACCUAGGAGUUCAAUAUUUACAAUAGAUAUUAGAUAUAUAUUAGAUAUUUGGUUCAGUUAAUACAAAAAAAAUCGAAAUAAAUAAAGUAGGUACCAAGGGUACCUAAACUCUAUACCUACUUCUAGUUCGUACCUACUUUAAAUUUAAAUUUUAAAUCAUGGCAGAGGAGAAUCCAGGUCCAUCAAAGAAAAUGAGAAAAUUAUUUCUUGACCCAGAAUCUUCUCAAAUUGUUUCAAGAACAACAGAGUGGCGGUGGAAACAUAGUACUCAUACUCAAGGAAUAACUGUGCAAAAUCAACCUACUAUUCAUUUGGAGAAGCAUCUUAGUUUGGAGGAACCAAUGAGUGAAUUUGCAGAACUAGAUUCAGUAGAAUCUGACUGUGAUGUGAUGGGUAGAGAAAAACAUUUAUUGGAUAGUAGUAAUGGUUCUACAGGAAAUGACUUGUCUGAAAUAUGUAAUAAGACAUUUAGUGAUACCUGUAGUAGUAUAUCUCAUGAUGUGAUGGAAGCAGAAGAUGAAAUGGAAACGGAAGAAUUUCCAGAAAAUAUAGAUGAAACAACAACUGAAAAUACAAUCUAUGAUGAUUCAGUAAUACGUUUUGAAAAUGAAAUGACCAGAAAAGACAUUUCACUAAUGCUGGUUGGAUUGUCUUAUCGGCAUUCUCUAUCUAAAGAGGCUAUGGUAGACAUUAUCAAAUUGAUUGAUGCUUUAGCAGGUAAAAAAACUGGAUUAACCAAUUAUUUUAUUGAAAAACAGUCCUUACCACCAGAUGAAGUUGUGCAGUAUAAUUUUUAUUGUAAGAAUUGCCAGUCCUCAAUAUCACAAGUUACAAAGUCUUCAAGAAUUCAUCAAAAUGUUAUCUGCCAGCAAUGUGAAACAAUGAAUGUACUAUCACCACUUUCAGACAAUUACUUUAUAACUUUGGAUUUGCACUAUCAAUUCAAAAAAUUUCUGGAGGAUGUAAAAAUACAGGUUAUUCUAUCUAAUUAUGAAAAAAAAUAUAUAAAUUCUAGUAUUUCUGAUAUUACUGAUUCUGAGCUUUACCAAGCCUCAAAGAAGAAAUAUAACUUUGACUUUUCGUUCAAUUUCAAUACAGAUGGGGCUCCUAUAUUUCAUUCUUCUAAACUUUCAAUGUGGCCCAUUCAACUUGCUGUCAAUGAAUUACCACCAGAACAAAGACAUAGAAACAUAAUAUUAGCUGGAAUAUGGUUUGGAAAAUCAGAACCGAAAAUGAAUGUUUUCCUAAAUGUUUUUGCUGACAAUUGUAUCAUUAUAGCAAAUGAAGGGGUUUGUUGGAAACUUGAUAAUGAAUCAAAAACAUCCAGAAUUUUUCCAUUAUUUUGUUGUGUGGAUUCAGUAGCAAGACCAAUGAUACAAAAUUCGACACAAUUUAAUGGAUUUUUUGGAUGCAGUUACUGUUAUCAUCCUGGAAAAGUAAUAAAUAAACAGGUGAAAUAUUCAUCUGAUGUACAACCAUAUAAUUUACGAUCAUCAGAUGAUGUAUUGAAACAUAUGCAAGAAGCAGUUAUAUCAGGAAGAAGAGUGUUUGGUAUCAAAGGCAGUGCAGCAAUUAUAAAUUUGCCAGGUUUUGAUCUUGUGUGGGGCUACCCCAUAGAUUAUAUGCAUAUGGUACUUUUGGGGGUAGUGCGUCAGUGUUGGGAAAUUUGGACAACCUAUGGAAAUGAAAUGUAUAUUGGAUCUCCAUCUACUUUAAAACUUGUAAAUGACAGAUUAUUGAAGAUUCAUCCUCCAAAUGAAAUUCAUCGCACACCCAGACCACUGUCUGAAAAAGCAAAAUGGAAAGCUAGUGAAUGGAGAUCUUGGCUGUUAUUUUAUAGUAUACCUUGUCUUCGUGGAAUCCUCGGUAAUAAAUAUUUAGUACACUUUUCUUUAUUGCAAAGAUCAAUUUAUUUACUAUUAAAGAGGGAAAUAACAGCAAAUGAUAUCACACUUGCAGAGGGUUUAUUAAAAAUAUAUGUUUCAAAAUUUGAAAUUUACUAUGGGUCAUCAGCAAUGAAUUUUAAUGUACAUCUACUUACCCAUUUAGCAAUAUGUGUAAAUAAAUGUGGUCCUUUAUGGUCCACUUCGAAUUUUCAUUUCGAAUCUGCAAUUUUUAAUAUCAAACGGACAGUUAAAGGUCCAAUGGGCAUCGAUAAACAGAUAAUUUAUAAAAGUUUUUCUAAAAAUAUUGUACGAUAUACUGAUAUGUCUGCAACAUGUAAAACUUAUUUGAAUGAUAUCGCUCGUUAUGAAUUGCCUGGAACUUUGCAAAAUAAUAUUCGCAUUUUGGGUGCCGGUAGUAAAGAAAGAAUUGAGGAUAUCUACGUUACAGUGUAUAACAGAGUGAUUAUCAAUAAUACUUUAUAUUCUAGUAGUAACUAUUGUGAAAAUAAGAAGAAUAACAAUUCAUGUGUUCAGCUCAUAGAUGGACAUUUUGCUAUUAUAUUGAAGAUUUAUAAAUUGAAUGAAUCUAUCAAACUGAGAGUACAGAAAAUGAAUUGUGAUUUAUUUUUCAUACAUGAGAAUUCUGUUGAAAAUUGUUGGGUUGUUGACAAUGUACAGUGUAAAGAAGUGAUUGACAUAUCGCAAAUUUCAGAAAAGGUUCUGUUGAUGAAAGUAGAUGGCACUUCAUAUGUAAGUAAAUUUCCAAAUCAUGUUGAAAUCCAGUAAAUUUUUCCAGAUUAUACAGGGUGUUUCUAAAAUAGCAUCACCAACGAGAUCACAAACCUCUAUAGCAAGUACCAAUUCAACAAAUUGAAUUAUUUUUAUUAAAUUAUUUUUUAUUGAUACUCAUAAAAUAUAUCAAAAUAAGGUUCACCAUCAGUCAUUGAAAUAUUAAAUCAAUUCGAAAAUGGAUUGAAAACUCUUGUAAUUAGCAAUUAAGGCAUUAUACAGGGUUGUGCAGAUUUUGUACAUGAAUUAUUAAGAGCCGUGAUAUAGAGACUCGCAAACGUGCCUUGAUUUGGUUGGGUCAUGAAUGCUAAACAACAAUCAUGCAUUAAUGUACAAUUGACCAUUAAUAGGGGUCAUUAAUGAUCAAUUUCGUAUACGUUAAACUGACGUGUUAAUACGAGGUUGACGGAAAAGUUUUUCAAUGUACAAUAAACUAUUACAAAAAUAACCCUGCUAGUUUGUAGUUCAAGUCAAAAAUAGUUACAGGAAUCGUUAUAGGCGCCGAUAUACUAGGGUACCAUAUUCCAUUUCUAGAAAUUAGACAUGAAGUAUGCCAGAAAAUAUUUCUGAGAAAAUUAGUAAUUCGCUAAAUUUCCUAUUGAAUUUUGGAGAAAUUUUGACAAAUAAGCCUAUUUCGAUUCAUGCAUCGUGCAUAUAUAAUGAAGAAUCGAGAAUCGAACUUCAACGUCAUUUAUUAUUUAAGUUAGGUAGAGUCUAUCACCUCUUUAAUGUAAAAAAAAUCUGGACCAUCCUGUACAAACUUCGAUCCUUGAAUGAUGAAUAUUGGGAAAUGAACGGCAUCGAUUUUGAUUAUAGGUACAUAUCAUAUACAUAUUAUAGAUCGGUUUUUUAGUCUUGCUGUUUCUAUUCAUGUUAGCUUAUCAAGUGGUUUUUUUUGCAGUACCUAUUGAUAUUUAUUUUUUAUUAACUUCAAGGUGCAACAAUUAAUACUAUUUUGUUUAUACGGCUAUAUUGUUACUACCUGAUGGUCAACAUGCAAAUUAUGUUUUUUGUACUGCAUUCAUACUUCAAUCUGGUGAUGAUAAAUGAUUGAUUUAAUGAUAAUCAUUUUUACCAUUCAUACUCAUUGGAUAAAUUUAUGUUUAUUAUCUGUGUUGUCUUAUUAGUAUACUCUGCUUGAAUCCUCAGAAAUUG